GUUAUUAGUAGUUGUCAGUUUCCGGACAGAUGGUCAGGCAGCUGGUUCCAGAAGGGAGUCCAGGAUCCAAUUUACAUUUACAAUGGUACCAUUUCGAGUAAGGGAGUCUGCAGAGAAGUGAGUGGUGACAAAUUCCUCAUUGAAAGCAGAACGGAAUCCUGUUACCGUUGCGUUGUGAUCCAUGAAAAACAUAUGAAUGUCCUUCAGUAUAAAGAAACCUACUGUUCGUUACCUAAUGAGCGCCCGUGGCUGGAUGGGCUAUGCCUACAGAUAAGUGGAGACGCCUUGCUGUAUUCCAUGUUUAGGCUAGACACUGUGCCAGUACCGUGUCCAUUUCGAGGGUCUUUUACCUUUACCUACAGUCGUGGACACGGGGAAUGUAACUACCCUGUGUCAACUGUUCAUCCUUGUACUGACGAUUCUCGAAUGACUUUCAACUUUAAAGCUUGUGCUAACGUCAUUACGUCGGAAAGUAGAGAAGAGAUAUUAACAUGUUUGGCUUCAUGGAAAGAAGGAUCAACCCGCUACCUGGUGGCAAAAAUGGAACACAAGGGAACAAAAACAGAUGAUGAUAAGUUUCGUUGUUUCGUGUAUGACAGAUUGCAAGACGAUUCUGGGUUUCGAAUAGCUCAGUCUGGAGACGCCACGUGCGACGGGUUGUUUUCGGCUGUUGAAGGAUCCCGUACAAUGAAACUUAAUAGAGUUCGUCAUUCUCACGGGAAAUGCCAGUUUCCAAAUUGGAUAUCUGCAGCAGAGCGCUGGAGGACAUUGGACACUUUGUUGACAUACGUUUUUAGUGAUCCGAACACCUCCUUCCACAUAUAUAGUAGUAUCAGCGAAGAGUUAAUGACACGAGCUCUUUGCAACAGUGUUAAUCAUGUGACUGAUGACGCUACACGACUUGUGGUGCAGUCUUCUUCUGGUUGCUCACAUGGAUUUGUUUGCAUGGAAUUUCAUCGUCGCACACAACAUAUUUUAGAAAUUCAAGAAGGUGAAAUGAGGUCUCGCCCGACAGAUGCUUGCAGCUCUACCUAUUUUAAUCCCAGGACUAAUCAGUUUACAACACUUACGUCAUCGGCUCCUUCAACAGAAGAAUGUCCUCUGGUAGGGAGAUAUAUGAUUCAAUCUUCUCAACCCCAGAUGGCCAAAUUUGUCUCCGAUGAUUUAAAGAACACUUUCUGUUCCGAACAUCUAGAAUCUGGGUGUAGAGCAAAUGAUCGUCUUGAAUUUCUCAGCGAAUGUUCGACUGAAAGGAGCGCUAAAAGUUUCCAAUGCCAUGGUAGCUGGAGAGAAAAUGAAACGUAUUAUCUCAUUGCAAGUGCACUCAGGACCAGAAGACGAUACUGUAUUGUAUUUACUGAAGACGAUAAGACCUUACGCUUCUCUGGCAGUCCAAGUGAAUGCUUGAGGAAUAUUAAACUCGGCAGAGAUGGAUUCAUAGCCUUUAGUCUUAGUGGGAAAAGUCUUUGCAGCGACACCAACGGGUCUUCUCGACAUUCCUGGCUUCUCCUUACAAUAUUAGCUAUUCUGUUAACGAUGUUUCCCAGCCUGAUCCGUGGAGUUGCUAAUCUCGAGUGUGUGUGAUCAGACAGAGUAACGACAUGCACAGUGACUCUUUGAACACGAAGACGAGAUGGACGAUUCAUAGUUGACUCAUCGCUGUUUGUUAUGGAAUAUUGUUGAAGACAUUUUGUUUGUUUUAGGAACGCUUUCGAAGAAGCCGAAACAUUAGAAAACAAAGACAACAGAGAUGUGGAUGAUAACUGUUACGGAUAUUUUGUUGAAAAUUUUAAUAAGUUGUCUUCAAAUUUUAAAGCUGAUUGUUAGCCUUCUAUAUUCUACUUAAAUAGAAUGUCUGCGUGAGCGAAAACAACUCUGCUGCUCAAGUGGAAAGUUAAGAAUAUAUCUAAUUAGCAUCAAGGCUGAAAGCUGUUUACUACUGAUUAUUUAUUUUAUAAAUAAUUUAAAAAUGUACCUUCAUGUAAAAACAACAUAUCUCCGUUCUUUUCGACAAAUGAGUUACUAAAGUUUGUAUUUAAAAUUCACAUUCAUUAACCAUACUUAAAACGCAAUUAAUAACAUUUUUAAGUUUUCUUUAAUUCAAGUCUUACUCCUAAAAUUCUUUACUUUCAUGACGGUAACGGUGCCUUUCAACGUGUUAUUUCUAAUGUUUCAGAGCAAAAAACAGAAAACAGUCUCUGGUGUCAUUGUAGAUUCGAAGCCUUUGCUCUGCCUGUAGAAGGCCCAUUUCAUGGAACUGGCAAA